AUGUCGCAGAAUUUCAAAACCAUCGAUCUCCAACCGCAGCCCGAGAAGCCAAUGGGUGCGCAUCUGCGCGAUGGCGACUCCAAGGAUAUCAUCUCCGAGCAGCCUAGCUCCCGCAAGAUGAGCAUGCAAGCCGAGCCGCAGGUGUCGAUGCGCGGUGGGGGUGUCAUUGGCGACUGGUACGUGGCACGGCAUUCCCAACUCUCAAUAUCAGAUGUCGGAGAGCGCGCUGCCUCCUCCCCUACUCCUUCCCCAGCCAGUCAUGCAGCGGAGUUGCGAUUCCAGUCCUCAAUUGCCCCGCAUCUCCGCCCCGGCUGA